UAGAUUUUUUUGAUACUUUUACGUAACGUAAUGGGUUUGUUUAUGCACUAACACGUAUCCAAAAAGCAAGUGUCAUCCUCUCUAGUACAUGUAAUUAAUAAUAUUCGAAGUCAAAUCGCACUUUAUCUCACAAACCCCUCAACUGUCAAGCUUUUCUUUAUGAUUCUACCAGAGGGCAGAAUGAAAACAGUCUCAGAGGGCACUCCGUUCACUCAGUUGACAUACCGUACUAGUACUAUGAUGGAGUGGAGGGCCGUGGUUCGAAUCCCAGACUGGAUGUUCUUGAACUUAAGUCAUUUGUGAAGUUUUCAGGACUCUUAUCCUUUAAUUUUGGCUCGGUCCUAGAGGAGGAGACGGACUUUGAAUUUGGAGGUGCCGCCUCUUGAAUAACCUAAAUGGCGUGUUGAUAAAAGCGUUAAACCGAUACACCCAUACACCCACAGUCUCGGACAUAAGGGAGGGUAUAGAACAAACAAUGCAAAAACUGUUUUAAUGUAUUCACGCUCAUGUUUCUGGUGUGGCGUCGGUAGCGUAGUGGUUAGGCUACCGGACCCGUAAUCGUGAGAUUGCGGGUUCGUGGGUUUGAGCCUCAGGUCCGUCCGACGUUGUUUCCUAGGGAAAGACGCUUUACACUAAUUUCCCAUUUUAUGUAUUUGGCCAAGUCCUUUCGGAUAUGAUGAACGGUAAACUCGUAGGUCCCGCCUCUUGAAUAACCUAAUAGUACUGAUAGGGGGCGUUAAACCUGUACCAUUUCACCAUUUUUCAGAUGACAGGUGGUGGCAGACGUGUGUGUAUCGUUGGGGCCGGCGUGUCCGGGCUGACCUCUGUGAAAUGCUGUCUCGAAGAAGGUCUGGAACCCAUGUGCCUGGAGCAGGACUCGGACCUGGGUGGUCUCUGGAACUUCACAGACAAAGUUCGGCCCGGCUACCCGAGUCUCUACAGGUCCUGUGUCAUCAACACCAGCAAGGAAAUGACUUGCUAUAGUGACUUUCCAAUUCCCAAAGAAUAUCCAAACUUCAUGCAUCACUCCAACUUCAAAAGAUACCUUGAGUUGUACGCCGACCACUUUGGUCUGAGAAAAUACAUUCGAUUCCGCUCUCAGGUGCAGAAAGUCAAGCGAGUGCACAAUGGGGAAAAUGGCGAUCUAGUUUGGCAGAUCACGUUCACAGACCUAGACACCGGAAGUGUCCACAGAGAGACCACCCGCUUCCUCCUCGCGUGCCAUGGACAUCUACACCUGCCCAGCACCCCGAAGUUCCCCGGACUGGACGACUUUGGCGGGGAGGUUAUCCACACCCACGAGUACAAAGACUUCCGCGGCUACGAGGACAAGACAGUGCUGGUCAUUGGCAUCGGCAACUCCGCCACUGACGUCACUUGUGAACUAAGUCGUCACGCCAAACACGUGUAUAUGAGCACCCGUCGAGGCACCUUCCUGUGUCAGCGCACAGGCGCCAGGGGAGCACCAUUUGACCACCAGGCCAUGAGUCGCCUCAACCAUCUCACCACCUUCCUGCCUGGCCGGGAUAGACGGUUCACCAACAAGGUCAACGCCAAAUACGACCAUGUCAGGUUUUCCUUGGCACCAACUGGAGACAAGUUUGGAGUCACGUUCAGUGACGAUCUUCCAAUGCGAAUCCUUGUCGGGGAUGUCACCAUCAAGACUGACAUACAGAAAUUCACAAAGAAUGGCGCAACAUUCACAGACGGCACCCGCAUUGAAGAUAUUGACGUGGUUGUCAUGGGAACGGGGUAUACCUAUACGUUACCAUUUUUGGACAAGGAGGAAGUUUGCGUCAAGAAUAGCUUCCCCUUCUUGUACAAAUUCGUGUUUCCGGUGGGAAGAGAGGAUAACUCUCUCGCGGUAAUAGGACUGGUGCAGCCGCUCGGAGCGUUACCUCCUAUACUGGAGACACAAGCAAGGUGGGCCACGAGAGUGUUCGCCGGCAGAUGUCGUUUGCCACCCCCUGACGUCAUGGAGAAGAGAGUCAAUCGCUUGCAUAGAGAUCUUUUCCGUCAAGAAAAGACAACUCCUAGGUACAGUCUGAAGAUCCACUACAUCGAUUACUGCAGCGACCUGUCCAAGGAGAUCGGCUGCCAGCCAAGGCUCUGGCGCUAUUUCUUCACCGACCCUGGCUUCUGGUGGACACUGGUCACCGGACCCCUGUGCCCUGCCCAGUGGAGGCUGGACGGUCCAGGGAGAUGGUCGGGUGCGCGCCAAGCUAUUCUGAGCGUGGAGAAUCGAACCUGGUUCCCUUUGCACACGCGAGGCUGUUCGACGUCUGGCACUGCGUCCAUCCCAGCCCAACAAAAUGCCAAAGUCCAUUCAGCCUUCAGGAAGGCCUUUGCAUUCAAGCUCACAGAGGGCAGCAGAGGAGCAUCCUUUUACAUUGGCGGAAGCAGUAUGUUUGACGAUGUUCAAAGCCUCGCUGGCAGAUCAUCUGACCCUGAACGUGCUCUUGUAUGGCAUAUAGCAAAGGGCGCGGCCUUGAAGUACGGGGUCGCACAGAAUGCGAUGUCAGCGGCCUUUAGACGAUUUAGCGGACGCGGCGAAGGUCUGGAGGCCGAAACGCCCGUAGCCAGCCAAUGUCUCAGACUGAACUUCCUCGAUGACAGGGGCUUGGAGUUUGUUGACUGUGAGAACCAAAUAGCAUCCAUUUGUCAGAAAG